AUGCUGUCUAAAGCUCUAGCAAAAGCAAACGCUGCGGUUCAGUUGGAUAAUGCUCAGAAUUACGUUGCUGCUAGGGAAUCUUACUCAGAGGCCUGCGAUCUAUUGCAACAAGUCCUCGCGAGGACAAGUGGGGAGGAGGAUAGAAGAAAGUUGGAAGCAAUUCGACUCACAUACACAAGUCGAAUAGACGAGUUGGAUGGGUUGGUGCCUGCAUACGCGCAAACCGAUAAAGCUCUUCCUGCGAGACCGGAGGGUGUAGAUGAAUAUCAUGGAGCUCAGAUCGAAUUGGCUAGCGGCGAAGGAACCGCGGAAGCAACGGCAGCUGGAAAAUCAGAUAGAGACUCGCCAAACCUUGUACAGGACCAGCGGUUACUCCAAUCGUCCUUCUCGAAGCCGCAGAUGCGCCGAAAUUUUGAAGGCCCUUCUCUCAGUUUGCCCCGUCCACAGGAUGCGGGCUUUGUGCCUGCUCCAUUAUCACCCCGACGACCUCUCUCUCCGGCGAAACCGCCUACUCCUCCCGAACCGGUUGUGCGACAGGAUUUCUCUUGGCCAUCUGAGCGGUUGGCUGUAGAAAACGGUGCGAAGACCCAUAGGCGCAAUCUCAGCCACGAAUCGGCAUCAUGGCUGGAUCCAAUCGACGAGUCUGGUGGUUCGGCUUCAUCGUCGGUACAUUCGAGGAACUCUUCGAUUGGAGUUAGGAGGAAACACAUUCGCCAUACUAGCGGCAAUACAGAGGCCGAGUUCGAUGCCGCCUUGGAUGCCGCGGUUGAAGCGGCAUACGACGAUGGCUAUGAACCUAUGGACUCUUACGAAACGGCCUAUGACGAUGACAACAACCUUGACAGAAGCGACGAUGUUGUAGUCAACGCAAUGCGCAAAGUAGAGCUUGCCAAGGAAAGGGUCCGUCAAACCGAGCGUGAGGCCGCAAUAGAAUUGGCUCGGGAAAGGGAACGAGAACGCCAAAGGCAGUUGUCGAUAGACCAGAAACCCCAAAUGUUUGGUGGUGAUUUCUUCGAUGCCAAUGAUUCAGAUGAGGAGGAGGAGCGUAUCUUGGACGAAAUGAGUAGGAGAUCCGUGAUGGAAGACUUCGCCUUCAACCAGCGGUCCCAACAAUCGCAAACCAAAAUUCCUAGAGAGUCCGACUCAAGCGGCAUAACCUCGCGGACUUGGCACAGUUCGUUUGGCUCAAAUCCCCCAACCGCCACGACGGUAUUAUCGACGGUCACUGAAAUGCUACCACCAGGAUUCCCUCCCAAGACAUCACCGCCGUCCCUGCCUUCGCCACCAUCCCAGCAAGUUUCCCCCACAUCGGGAGUGCGCAACCGUCGCCUCUCCGGUCAAAAUCCUAAGCAGCUCAAGAUCGAGACCUCCAAGCUCGGUCAGCCACCAAAUGUACUCGCGCCGUCGAUCGUCACGUCCGCACUGCAAACAAAGACCCCCGGUGGUUAUAUUGCUCAGCAAAGACAAGCACUGUCAGCGACAUCAACACGACCUGGACCAUUUUCCAUGCGCGCGCCGUCGUCACCUGCUAGAGGCAUUAGUCCAGCAGAUGUUCUAGCUCCUUCAAGUCCACCAACCAUCCAGGCGGGAGCCCAGGAAUCCGAUGAGCUCCGGACUGACUCGCCAACUUCUUCGCGACCUGGCAUACGCAAGAAUUUCUCGUCUUCAAGUCUGAAGUCUCUCAAAACCCGCCAGUUUUCUGUCUCACACCUUGAUGAUUCUGACCUUUCACCCAACACUCCUCUUAGCCACCAAAUUUCGAACACUUCGAUGUCUCGCCAGCCUACGAUUCCCGCGCUACCUACACCCCUUGCCGCUGCUUUCCAUGAGAGGAUGACUGGCGGUAUUGGUGGUUUGCACCUCUUCGACUCUGAUUUUCAUUCCCCCACUACCAAUUCUCCAAACCAGCUCUACCAUCACCACCAUCUUCAUCACAGCCCCGAUGUUCCAAUACCCCUCGAACCGUGUCCGUCCGACGUCAUGCUUCGGCCUUUCUGGCUGAUGCGUGCUCUUUACCAGACCCUUGCUCAUCCACGUGGAGGGUAUAUCAGUAACCGGCUUUUCAUUCCCCGUGAUGCCUGGAAAGUCAAGGGCGUAAAACUACGUGCCCUCGAAGAUAAGAUAUCGCAGUGCGAUCUGUUAACUGCAGCUCUUCUCAAGCUAGCAAGGGUGGAUAGUAAUGAUGCAGACGCAGUUCUUGAGGAAAUGCAGAGCUUUGAGAAUAUCCUAGAGAUGGUCCAAGCAACUCUCUCGCGGAAACUUGGCCAUGAGGUUGGCACUCAAGGUAUGACUUCCUUUCGAGAUGAGAGAGACGCAGAGGCUGCGCCGCCAGUACCACGAAGUGCUAGUGUCAGUGGAAAAGGAGGCACAUUCAGUUGGCGAAGGCUCAGAAACAAGGGCUCCGCAGCCAACAUGACCAGCGCAUACGGGGCAAAGAGCAAUAGCGGCGGAAGCGGCGGCCCCGGCGUGAACGAGAGGGAUAUCAUUGGCUCAGUGAGUUCUAUUCCAAGUCUACCUAUGAGCGCCCACCCGAGCAGCAAACCCGCAAAGAGGGAUAUCACAUCGGUCAACUUUGAUGGGCCGUAUGGGAACUACAUGGCGAGCCUUGCGCGAUUAUUCGAUGCUGCGCAGACGGUCGAUCAAAUCGCCCGUCAAGUCGAUGACCCUGGCCUGCGCCACGCCGAUAAAACCCAGGUUGGGCUCGAGCUAUGCACCAGGCACGCGGCCGAAUUUUUUGGCUUUUAUAUUUGCCGCUUUGUGUUAGCCGACUUAGCAAUGCUACUAGAUAAAUUCGUCAAGAGAGGUAGCGAAUGGGUGCUUAAUUAA